AUGUCCGCGAGAAACGAACCCGGUCGAUCCACGUCUCUGGAAAUCCACGACCAACAUGACCUGACGCGGUCUCGCACGCCGCGCCCAUAUCUUCUGCGGGCAGAGAGCCUGAGGCCGGCGCAGGUCCAGGGAGCUGACAAUGGCUACGGUGUUGUCACCAAUGGACAUGGUCCUUCCCCGAAACUCAGUCGUUCUGAGUCCAGCGAAAGCGGCACAGAGGCAGACGACGAGAAGGGCCCCUUUCUCAAGGGACUUCCUGCACCUCCUCCACGUUUACACAAGGGUCUUCGAGGAACUUCACCUGCCAACUUGACCCCUGCCCACAGCCCGUUUCCCACACCGCCAGCCUUUGUCGAGGGGGAUGGGCCUCGAUUUUUCGACUCGGUCCAGAAACCUGGGAAAAGAAAACAACGGACGAAGGAGCAAGUCAGAGACUACGAAGCGUAUAAGAAACGGAAGCGACGCGAGAUCAUUCGGCGAUGCACAGAAACCUCGCUUCUUUGUGGCAUUGGGGUGGUCGUCUGGAACAGCAGAGGGGGUUCAUCGGGCCUCAAAGACUGGCUCAACGAGGUCACGGCAUUCCUUCUACUCCCACCAUUUGUCUAUCUGCUUUAUCCGCUCAGGCUCACGGUGCGAGCAGUAGCUGCGAAAAAGUCCAUUCUGCAGGCACUCAGGCUAGGAUUUCACAUCCCCUCACGAUUUGACCCUGGCCCUCUGUUGUAUCCGGUACUGCUACCGCUAAUGAUAUCCGUUUCUCUGUUUCGCCAGAGCGUGGCUUUUCUCCCAGCAGCAAUCAUCUGUGGUUUGUCGUCGAUACCCUCGAUUAUCACAACAACGCCGAAGAUUCCUGCCAUUGGCAUGUAUCUGCACUGGCUCCUUUCCGUUAUACCACUCCAUACCUCAAAUUACCGAUCAUCGUCCGCUCCAGUUCCAAAACCAUUGUCUCUGAAACUAGAUCCCGGCUCUCACUUGAGUAGGGAAAUCCUGGUGGUCAUAUUUCCCUUGCACCAGGCAUUAAUCUCGAUGCUUGGGUAUCUCACCACUUCAAGUCUGGAUAUAUCAGAACUACAGCUCCUCUCAUCAGCACUCAUAAAUCUCUACAUUUUUGCUCGGACGCCGCAAGCCGAGAUUCUCAAGGCGAUGAUCUGGCUGGGGGGUUUGAGCAUUUUCAUCACAUGUAAGAAUGUUUUGAUGUGGGAAGUCGCUUUGGCACGAGUGCCCACCUGGAGGCUGCUGCGCUCACGCCAGCCCGUGGGUCUAAUAGCAAGACUCGAUCAAUACCUCUGCAGCGUUCUUGUGGGUAGGAGGUAUAAAAGCCGGCACGCAGACAGUUCGGAUACUGAGGAUGAGGUCCAUCCUGUGAAUUCUAAGCCAGGCUUGAGGCCCCGCUUGAGGUUGCAAUUAAAUGGCAGAGCUUGUUCUGCAACUGCCUCUGCUCAGAAGCCAGCGUCAGCUUUUGGACAGCAACCAUCCAAGGCCACUUCAUCGGAGACGGUUGCGCUGUCAGUACCACCUCGAAGAAACACAUUCACCACCUUGGAACAGAGUCGGCGCAAGCACCAGGCCCUAGGCGCGAAGAAGGUGAAGCCGGCUCCAACUGGUCCUCCCGCGGCAUUCCUAGCGUUCAGCGUGGCGCAAGCGCGAGUGCGAAAGUAUGCAUAUGCGGCCGUCGCCUACAUGUUUGUGAUUAUCACAAUCUUGGGACCGGUUCGGCUCUACGUGGGCCAUCAGGCGUUGUCGAACCAUGAGCCCAUAGGUUGGGCAUUGGGAUAUUUGUUCGGCAAUCUACCCAUCUUCCGACUUUGGGUGGUUAGCAACAACCUCGAACGAUGGAUCUGCCUCCCAGCCCGAGGAACAGAGGCCCUGUUACCAUUCAAAGACGGCGGUAUUGAAUAUGCCCGCCAACAUGCUCUUGGACCAGCUACCACACGCCUCACCAUAUGUGCAUACUGCCUCGUCGUGCUCAUGGCUGGAAUAGCCACUGUUGUUCACCUCACGUCGAUUGUCGAAGUCGACACAAGACGCAAAGUCUUUCACGGUAUCAUGGUUGCCAUGCUCUUGCCGACCAUCUUUGUGGAUCCUUGUUUUAUAGCUCUGGCGCUCAGCUUGAUUUUGGCGAUUUUCCUCCUCCUAGACCUGUUCCGAGCGUCACAACUGCCUCCGAUCUCCAAACCCCUGACUGUUUUCCUGGCGCCUUACGUGGACGGGCGGGAUCAUCGCGGGCCUGUGAUUGUGUCGCACAUUUUCUUGUUGAUCGGUUGUGCAAUCCCGUUAUGGUUGUCACUGGCUGCAGCGCCGCGUGUAGGUCAAGAUCCUUGGGCUGGCUGGGACACCACAUUGCGCGACUUGAGCAUGGUAAGCGGCGUUGUCUGUGUAGGAAUGGGUGAUGCAGCAGCCAGCUUAAUUGGACGGCGGUAUGGCAAGACAAAAUGGUACUGGGUUGGAGGUAAGAGCUUAGAGGGCAGCCUUGCGUUUGCCUGUGCGGUAACCUGUGGUCUGUCGGCGAGCUGGCUCUGGCUUAGAUUGGGUGGCUGGGCCUCGUGGCAUGGUGGCGAUCCUCUGAUUCUCAUGCUGGGGAAAUGCAUGGUUGCGGGGACAGGGGCGAGCCUCCUGGAGAGUACCCUGACCGCCGCCAACGACAAUGUGGUAGUUCCAGUUGGCCUCUGGCUGCUGGUCAGAGGCCUGGAUAUAUGA